AUGGCUGAGACGACGCAGGACGCGCUGGAGGCUGAAAUGAUGGAGAUCUUUGUCCCCUUCAGAGGAUUCUGCUCUAGGAAUGGGGUGCAAGAAUCGGAGGUGAUACUGGAAGAGGCAGACGUCCCCAAGGCCAUCAUAGACUACAUCAGUGCCAACAAGAUCCAGAGCAUCGCGCUGGGCGCGUCCAACAGGAACGCAUUCACCAAGAAGUGGAAGAACCCCGACGUGCCCUCCAGCCUCAUGAAGGGCGCGCCCGACUACUGCAACAUCUACGUGGUCGCCAAGGGCAAGCCCGUCAACGUCAGGCUCGCCAAGUGCGGCGUGCCGGCCGACGACAGCGACUUCCUCCUCGCAACCUACUCCAGGAGGAGCUCCAGGAGCCAGCUGCCGCCGGUCUUGCCCGACUUUUUGUCCUCCAGCAGGCGCUCCAUCGACAGGCCCGAGCUCACCACGCGCCCGCCGUUCCGCGAGCGGCCCCUGCAGGCGUCCGCGACCAAGCCCCACCUCCUCUUGGCAAGGAUGGACAGCACCACGCUGCGCUCCAACUCCCACGACCCAUCCAGCCUCGACCCUGACUUCGCACAGGCCGUGCAUUUCCCCUCCAUGGACAUGUACAACGCAGCAUGCAAGGAGGCCAUCAACGCCAAGCAGAGGGCCAAGGAGAUGCACCUGCUCAAGAUGGAGGAGGCGCGGCGCCUGGAGGAGGCCCGUCAGUCGGAGGAGGCCGCAUUGGCGCUCGCCGAGAUGGAGAAGGUCAAGUGCCGCGCCGCCAUGGAGGCUGCCGAGGCCGCGCAGCGUCUGGCCGACCUCGAGGCACAGCGUCGCCGCAACGCCGAGGUGCGCGCGCGCCGGGAGGCCGACGAGAAGGUGCGCGCCCUGGACGCCAUCGCCAACCACGACUUCCGCUACCGCAAGUACAGCAUCGACGAGAUCGAGAUUGCCACCGAGGGCUUCUCCGAGAGUCUCAAGAUCGGGGAAGGCGGCUACGGCCCCGUCUACAGCGCCAGCCUCGACCACACUCCGGUCGCCAUCAAGGUGCUCCGCCCGGACGCCCAGCAGGGCCGGAAGCAGUUCCAGCAGGAGGUGGAGGUGCUCAGCCGCAUCCGCCACCCCAACAUGGUCUUGCUCCUCGGUGCCUGCCCGGAGUACGGCUGCCUCGUCUACGAGUACAUGGAGAACGGCAGCCUCGAGGACCGCCUGUACCGUCGCGGCGGCACGCCGACGCUCCCGUGGAGCCAGCGCUUCAGGAUCUCGGCUGAGAUCGCGACGGCUCUGCUGUUCCUUCACCAGACCAAGCCGGAGCCGCUGGUGCACCGAGACCUCAAGCCGGCCAACAUCCUGCUGGAUCGCAACUACGUGAGCAAGAUCAGCGACGUCGGGCUGGCGCGCCUCGUGCCACCGGCGGUGGCGGACAGCGUCACGCAGUACCGGCUGACGGCCACGGCGGGCACCUUCUGCUACAUUGACCCGGAGUACCAGCAAACGGGCAAGCUGGGCGUCAAGUCGGACAUCUAUUCUCUGGGCGUGCUGCUGCUGCAGGUUAUCACCGCGCGGCCGCCCAUGGGGCUCACGCAUCACGUCGAGAAGGCCAUCGAGUCCGGAACCUUCGCACAGAUGCUGGACAUCACCGUCAAGGACUGGCCCGUGGAGGACGCGCUGGGGUUCGCCAAGCUCUCGCUCAACUGCACGGAGAUGCGGCGGAGGGACCGACCGGACCUCGGCACCGUCAUACUGCCGGAGCUCAACCGGCUCAGAAACCUCGGCAUCGCCUACAACCAGGCGCGCGCCACCGUCCCUGCUGGCGACAGCAGUUCGCAUGGGGACGGGAACGGGCAGGAAGGGGUCAGCUCACCGACGGCUGACGCGGGGUUGUGGAGAACGGCGGAAAGCUAG